GAGAGAGAGACUCCACUCGUUCUUCAGCCUCCUCUCGGCUGUUAAAGGGACAGUUCCUGUGUUUCUCUCAGGAUGUCUGACGGUGAAUCAGCAGGAUCCAAACUGGUGUCGGUGGACUUUGAGAUCUUCGGUUACGUUCAGGGAGUCUGUUUCAGAAUGUACACAGAGAAGGAGGGUCUGCGACUCGGUCUGGUCGGCUGGGUGAAGAACACCUACAGUGGGACGGUGGUGGGUCAGGUGCAGGGUCCUGCUGACAUGGUGGAGAAGAUGAAGGUGUGGCUGAGUAAAGAAGGAAGUCCAAGCAGUCGGAUCACCAGAGCCUGCUUCAGCAAUCAGAGGUCCAUCGACAAGCUGGAGCUGUCCGGGUUCAAGACCCGCUUCUGACCCGCCAAUCAAACAAACCGAGAGAGAGAGAGCUGCUCGUAGUGCUCAGAUCUGUGAGAUGACUUACUUUAGAUUUUCUAUCUGUGAACUCUGUGAAUGACGACUGUUGAAUGACGGACCGGAGUUGAGAGCUUGAGUCCCGACAGGCUGCUGGUGUGGUGAUAUUUGAUUGAUAAUAAAAGAAAAACUAACAUGAACUUAUUAUAAAUAGUGCUGCAACCAACUAAAUAAUCUGUCUGUUAUAAGUAUGUUUGAUCAAUAAAACAUUUAGUCUAUGAAGAGCUCAAA